AAAGAAGCUCCUUAACUUCUCCGAUCCUCCUAAAUUUAAUCUCUCAGACAGCCACCCAGACACAGUGCCUCCACCACCGCCACCACCAUCACCACUACCAAAAAACGUAAAGUAAUAAACUAUAUAUCAUUUCAUCUUUCCCACAUCCCGAUCAUCUGCGUAGUGCUCCAGCGGACGUACAAUCUGGCAGAUAUGUCUGAAGCUCAUCAGGAUGGGGCUGUUGUUGCCUACCCCAUGCAAGCCAACCCACAGUCUGUCCUCCAACUCUGCAUAUAUCCCAUAACUUUGAAGUUUGAGGAGGUGGUCUACAAAGUUAAACUGGAGCAGAAAGGACUGUGCUGGGGUGGUACGUGGGGCACUCGAGAAAAGACAAUAUUGAACGGCAUAAGUGGUUUGAUUUGCCCUGGUGAGAUACUAGCAAUGCUAGGUCCAUCAGGCAGUGGCAAAACCACCCUCCUCACGGCUCUCGGAGGCCGUCUCAACGGUAAGUUAUCUGGAAAAAUCACAUACAAUGGCCAGCCCUUUUCCGGUAUCAUAAAGCGGCGCACGGGGUUCGUUGCUCAGGAUGAUGUUUUAUAUCCUCAUCUCACUGUGAAAGAAACUCUGCUGUUCACUUCCCUUCUAAGGCUGCCCAAAACCUUAACACAAGAAGAGAAAUUACAGCAUGUGGAGCGAGUUAUAACUGAACUCGGCUUGACUCGGUGCCAGAGCAGCAUGAUAGGAGGACCACUAUUUAGAGGAAUAUCAGGAGGAGAGAAGAAAAGGGUUAGUAUAGGUCAAGAAAUGCUAAUCAAUCCAAGCUUGCUACUACUCGAUGAACCCACAUCAGGAUUGGACUCAACUACAGCUCAAAGGAUUAUUACAACAAUCAAAAGGCUUGCUAGUGGAGGACGAACUGUUGUCACCACCAUUCACCAGCCCUCAAGUCGACUUUACCACAUGUUUGAUAAGGUUGUGUUGCUCUCAGAAGGCAGCCCUAUCUAUUAUGGUCCUGCAUCUUCAGCUUUGGAAUACUUUUCCUCAAUCGGUUUCUCUACAUCCAUGACUAUCAAUCCAGCUGAUCUCUUACUAGAUCUUGCAAAUGGCAUUGCUCCUGAUUCUAAACAUGUGAAUGAACAAGGAGAGAACAUGGAACAAGAACAGAAGUUGAUAAAAGAGGCUCUCCUUUCUGGAUAUGAGAAGAACAUUUCCACAAGGCUCAAAGCUGAGAUUUGCAGUUUGGAUGUCAAUAGCUACAAUUAUACCAAAGAUGCCUCCACAAGAAUGGACACAAUGUCACAGCAAUGGUGCACAAGCUGGUGGCAUCAGUUGAAGGUGCUAUUUCAGAGGGGACUAAGGGAGAGGAGAUAUGAAUCAUUCAACAGGUUAAGAAUUUUCCAAGUCAUCAGUGUUGCUGUUCUUGGUGGACUCCUUUGGUGGCAGACCCCAUCUUCUCACAUCCAAGAUCGCAUUGCUUUGCUCUUCUUCUUCUCAGUGUUCUGGGGAUUCUACCCACUCUACAAUGCAGUUUUUACAUUUCCUCAAGAAAGAAGAAUGUUGAUAAAGGAAAGAGCAUCUGGAAUGUAUCACCUUUCAUCUUACUUCCUAGCCAGAACAUUUGGAGACCUGCCAUUGGAGCUUGCACUCCCAACUGCAUUUGUCUUCAUAAUCUACUGGAUGGGUGGGCUUAAGCCUGAUCCCAUAACUUUCAUCCUCUCCCUACUUGUGGUUCUCUACAAUGUCCUUGUCUCACAAAGCCUUGGAUUAGCUAUUGGUGCUAUCCUCAUGGAUAUAAAACAAGCUACUACACUAGCUUCAGUCACAACUUUGGUGUUCCUCAUUGCAGGAGGAUACUAUGUUCAACAGAUCCCUUCAUUCAUAGUCUGGCUAAAGUACUUGAGUUAUAGCUACUACUGCUACAAACUUCUUCUUGGUGUCCAGUACAGUGAGGAUGAUUAUUAUGAGUGCUCAAAGGGAGUUUUGUGCAGGGUAGGAGAUUUUCCUGCAAUUAAAUCAAUGGGUCUGAACCAGUUGUGGGUUGAUGUGUGCAUUAUGGGUCUGAUGUUGGUGGGUUAUCGAUUGGUUGCUUACUUGGCACUGCAUAGAGUGCAGCUGAGGUGAAUUUAGCAGAGGUAACCAUUUCAAGAAAUUAACAAAGACAGUUUGAAGAGUUUUCUCCUUCUUCAGCUGAGCAAUAAUAACGUUAUAGAUUUAGCUGGGAA